AGAGGAGCAAGAGGGAGAGGGAGAGGAAGAGGUGGUGAAGGAUGGAGAGAUGAUAAGAUGGAAGAGGAAGCUGAACAAGAGGCUAUCAGUACAUUCGUUGGUGAUUCUGCCGAUGGAGAGAAAUUUGCUAGCAAAAUGGGACCUGAGAUUAUGAAAAAGCUAGCAGAAGGUUAUGAAGAUAUAUGCGAGAGGGCUUUGCCGUCUACUGCUAAUGAUGCUGUUUUGGAUGCUUAUGAAACCAAACUCAUGAUUGAGUGUGAGCCAGAAUAUCUGAUGCCGGCCUUUGGUUCGAAUCCUGACAUUGAUGAGAAGCCACCAAUGUCUCUGCGCGAGUACCUUGAGAAGGUGAAGCCUUUUAUAGUGGCUUACGAGGGUAUCAAGGAUCAAGAAGAAUGGGAGGAAGCAAUUGAUGAAGUGAUGGCGCAAGCUCCCCUUAUUAAAGAGAUCGUUGAUCACUACAGUGGUCCUGAUCGAGUAACUGCUAAGAAACAGAACGAGGAGCUGGAUAGAAUUGCCACAACAGUUCCCAAAAGUGCACCUGAUUCUGUGAAACGAUUUGCAGAUCGUGCUGCUCUUAGUCUUAAGAGUAAUCCUGGUUGGGGAUUUGAUAAGAAAUACCAGUUCAUGGAGAAGCUCGUAGCAGAGGUGUCGCAGAGUUACAAAUAGAGAACUCUGGUUUCAAUUUUUUUAAAAAGGUUCAUCGCUGCCUUUGAUUCUAGAUCUUGCCUCGACUUAGACGGUACCCGUUUAUUUUUCAUGAUACGUUUCCAGGGUUUCCGUAAUAACGGCAUUGUUCUUUCAAUCUUUGCAACUCAGAGAUUAUGCUGUGCCCCUGUUUAAUGGGUUUUUAAUCCUGCUUUUGGAUAUUUGUAAUCGGGGAAAAGAAUGAAUGAUUCUUGACUGUUUUUUAUGGUUACAGUGACUAAUACAUGCCUUAAA